AUUUAUUGGAAGUUGUAUUUGGAUGGUAUACUUUGAUUCUAUCAUUUACAAUUUUAUUAUAUACAUGUGCUCUUAUAGAAAGAAUUUGAAUUUGGAUUCAAAAAGAGAAGAAUUUAGUAUCAUUACUAACGACAGAAUUUGAAAUAUAAGUAUUUUAAAUUGACAUCAUCUAAGUGUAAUUUAAAAAAAAGAAAUACAAAAUGUAGAUGUCUACUGACAUUACUCUCACAUCUAGUUUGGAUAUUGAACGUGGUACAAGUUCAUGUAUUGUGAACAAUGAGAUAUAUAUUUGCCAAGUGCAUGUUAAAUGUAUUGAACAGGGACAUUUUCGUCUUAGCAGUCCGGAGAAGACCAUACCAGAAUUUCAGUUAUGGAAUCGCACCAGGUUCCCGCCAGUGGAAAGUCGUCAACAACCACACUUGAGCUUCUUGUUUCAUCUCGUUAAACGGAAACAGCUGAAACGAUAAACAUGCUUUCUCUUCUUCCUCUGCAAUUCUUGUUUCUAACCUCCAUGAUCUUCAUCUCCACCGCAACCGUCGCUUCCAUUCACCAAUUUGCCCCUACCCUCGCCAAAUUCGGCUUCCGGCAUCUCGCCGCCGCCGCCGCCGAUUUUCUCUCCACCACUAGUUCCGUCGACUGGAGCGGCCCCGCCACCAUAUUCGCCCCCACUGACUCUUCUCUCCUCACCUGCCCUUCCUGCUCCGUUCCUCUCCUCCUCCGAGAACACAUCGUCCCCGGCCUAUACCCCCUCCACCACCUGCGCACGUUAGCCUUCGGAGCCAAGAUCGAAACCCUAGCCUGGAACCGAUGCCUCACCAUCACCGGCACCGGCUUCCACAACCCUAACGCAAAGGCCUCCAAGAUCUUCGUCAAUGGAGUCGAGAUCGCCCGUCCUGACCUGUACAACGAUGGAAACGUCGUCGUUCACGGCCUCCAGGGCUUCGUCUCUCACCUCUCGUCGGUCUCCUGCAACAUUGAGCGGAUGACGUCACUCUCAUUCCCUCCGCCGCCGCCUUUGGCGGCGUUCUUUAUCAUGCGGCUGAUGCUCAAAGACGCCAUCCUUCGCCUGAGGAUCAGCGGCUUCAGCGUGCUCGCUAUGGGACUCAAGGAGAGGUACUCCGAGCUCCUGGACCUCCGCGCCAUGACGGUGUUCGCUCUCGACGACGCCUCCAUUUUCGCUGACGGACAGUCGUACAUCUCCGACAUGCGGCUGCACAUUGUGCCUGACAGGCGGUUGAUGGCGGCCGAUCUGGAGAGUCUGGCUGCGGGGACUGUGCUGCGGACGAUGGAGUGGGGGCAGAGGCUGUUGGUGACCACCGCCGGCGGCGGAGGUCCCUUGGAUCCUAUGAGGAUCAACUAUGUGAAAAUCGUGAAGCUUGAUUUGAUCUACAACCUGAAGAUCGCGGUUCAUGGACUGUCGAUGCCUUUGCGGCAUGUUAACCUGACGGCGGCGGCGGAGUUGUCGAACAUGAAACGGUGCGCGUGGUAUUCGGCGGGAACGAAGGUCGCAUGGGAAGGUGGGACCUGUGAGACAGAGAAACCCUCGCCAGAGAUUGGAUCGUCGACGACGGAGAGUGAGGAUCAUUAUGGAUCUUCGCAAGGUUUGAUAGCGUAACAAACUUCAUUAAUUCACUCUCUCCUGCGUGUAAAGAGUAGUACUACUGCUAGCCCUAGUUACCGAUCAAUUUAGAAGAAACCAAUUGUGAUCAACACUAGUCGUUUUCCUGGAAAAAUAUGGAGUGUGAAAAAUGAAUUCCUUUC